AUGUUUCCUAGCCACUGCCUUCAUUCACUAACCUUCACAGAUCUGACAGCACUGGGUAUGUUAAACCAAUAUGACAGUUGUCUGAAGAUCUGUGAAGACAAUGAAUCAGGGCAGUGGGGAGGGAACAUCUUCCUGAAAUUAAAUGCAACCUUAAUGUCUAAAUCUCUGAUAUCUAAAUCUAAAUAUGUUCACGUAGCCAGCUACCCGUCUGGUCAUGUAGCAGUGUGCCAGAGCCACUCUGGUCUGCCCUGUGGAGGGUUCUAUACCAAGGUGUUCAGUGGCCACCUCAGCCUUGUUAUACUGGCCAGGAUCACUGCAGUGGGAAGAGGCACCAUCACACACCCACUCAGGUAACGACAUGCUAAAUGGUUAAAGACUUAACAGAUUUUUCAAACUAUAAAGUUUAAAAAAAUAAAAUGUCAUUAAAGAUACAGUAGGUUCACUAAUAACAGCAUACCGUAAACACUAUAUAUACAAAAGUAUGUGGACACCCCUUCAAAUUAGUGGAUAAGAUUAUUUCAGCAACACCUGUUGCUGAUAGGUGUGUAAAAUCGACCACACAGCUAUGCCACCUUUUCAACAAGUUAAAUCUCUGCCCUGCUAGAGCUGCCCCGGUCAACUGUAAGUGCUGUUAUUAUGAAUUGGCAAUGUCUAGAAGCAUCAACGGCUCAGCUGUGAAGUGGUAGGCCACAGAAGCUCACAGAACGGGACCGCUGAGUGCUGAAGUGCGCAGCGCGUAAAAACCGUCUGUCCUCAGUUGCAACACUCACUACCGAGUUCCAAACUGCCUCUGGAAGCAACGUCAGCACAAGAGCUGUUCGUCAGGAGCUUCAUGAAAUGGGUUUCCAUGGCCGAGCAGCCGCACACAAGCCUAAGAUCACCAUGUGCAAUGCCAAGCAUUGGCUGGAGUGGAGUAAAGUUCGCCGCCAUUGGACUCUGGAGCAGUGGAAACGCGUUCUCUGGAGUGAUGAAUCACGCUUCACCAUCUGGCAGUCUGACGGACGAAUCUUGGUAUGGUGGAUGCCAGGAGAACGCUACCUGCCCGAAUGCAUAGUGCCAACUGUAAAGUUUGGUGGAGGAGGAAUAAUGGUCUGGGGCUGUUUUUCAUGGUUCGGCUAGGCCCCUUCGUUCCAGUGAAGGGAAAUCUUAACGCUACAGCAUAUAAUUACAUUCUAGACGAUUCUGUGCUUCCAACUUUGUGGCAACAGUUUGGAGAAGGCCCUUUCUUGUUUCAGCAUGACAAUGUGAGGUCCAUACAGAAAUGGUUUGUCCAGAUCGGUGUGGAAGAACUUGACUGGACUGCACAGUGCCCUGACCUCAACCCCAUCGAACACCUUUGGGAUGAAUUGGAAUGCCGACUGCGAGCCAGAUCUAAUCGCCCAACAUCAGUGCCCGACCUCACUAAUGCUCUUGUGGCUGACUGGAAGCAAGUCCCCGCAGCAAUGUUCCAACAUCUAGUGGAAAGCCUUCCCAGAAGAGUGGAGGCUGUUAUAGCAGCAAAGGGGGGACCAACUCUAUAUUAAUGCCCAUGAUUUUGGAAUGAGAUGUUCGACGACCAGGAGUCCAUAUACCUUUGGUCAUGUAUUGUAUCUGGCUCGAAGGACCAGUUUGUAAUAAUGAAUGAAUAACGCUGAGCUACUCUCCCGGUUCAGGUAAGGUGGAUCAGUGGAUCACUAAAGUUUAGGGACAAAACAUAGAUAACUUGACAGGAUCUUGAAUGUCACCACAGCCUGAUGUCAGUAGCCAGUAGGCAUUGUAUUGCUUAUUGUGCCAUUACUCGUGACAAAAAAAUGCUGUGCCACUGAAUGUCAAGGAACAUAGAGUAAAGCAGAAAUAAAUGGAGCGUAUUGUGACCUGCUAUGACAUCCCUACCUUUCUUUUUGUCCACAGUGGGACAGUUACUGCCAUGUGGGAUCAGAGUGGUGGGCUGAUGUGUGAACAAGAUGGAGCUGUCACUAAGGAAUGGACCUGGCAGGCUGGAGUGAAGGAGAAGAUGAGGAGCAGGGUUGGGGUCAAUUUUAAAGUUCAGUCAAUUCCGGAAGUAAACUGAAAUUCCACAAAUCUUUGUAAAUGUGCUACUUUUUGUCCUGUAGUCUCUUUAAUCUGACCUCACCUAACCUAAAGGUAACCAUAACAGAGAGUAAACCAUCAGCCCAGUAUAGUUGACAUCUAAUCUCUGUAAUCCUUGGCUCUAUAAGGCCCUUCACUGACAAGCCCAGUCAAAAAGAGUAAGUUGCUGGGCAGCCCAGUCAUAUGAGAGUCUCUGGGAGAUCUGAGUGUGUGUGUGUGUGUGUGUGUGUGUGUGUGUGUGUGUGUGUGUGUGUGUGUGUGUGGACCAGAGAAGGGGAUUGGAACAAAGCAGGGGAUGUGGGGCUUGACGGGUGACCCACCGGUCCCAACCCGAUACUCUGCCUCUGACAAACCUAUGAUACUCCAAUUACAUAAUGGCUGAUGUAAGGCCCAUUUCAGUUCUAAAGUGGGUUAUUGUCUCUAUUGUAAUAAUAACUUUUAAUAGAGAAAUGAAAAUCAUGAAGUAUUUAUUGAAUAUUUCAUCAGCUAUCACAAUUGAGAGGUGAGGAGUGUCAGUUAGGAAUCUACCUACUGGACACAGACGACAGUCCAACAUCUAGAGAUUUACAUUUGAUCCAGUUGUCAACUAACGUGAAUUCAAUGUAAAAUCAACAAGAAUUUGAACCAUGUCAUUGGAUUUAGGUUAAAAGGUAGGUGAAAAAUACAAACAUUUAAGAAAUGCCUUUACGUUGAUUACGUUUCUCAAAUCCAAUCAGUUUUCCACGUUGAUUAAACAUCAUCCCAUUGAAUGUUUUUGUUGAAAUUAUAUGGAAACAACAUUGAUUCAACCAGUUUGUGUCCGGUGGGUACCUUGUGGUUUAAUUAUGGUUAAGCUAGGGUUAAACGAAGAGGCAGUCCCCACUUUUGAGUAUUUUUACUAUGUGUCUUGCCAGGUGUCGGAUCAGAUCUCAGUGCGGCUAUUGAGUGGUACCUGUGCCAUCCUCAGCUUUAGGAGUCAGAAUGAGUGUCCAGCUGCCACCGUCUCCCCUGCCAUCCAACAUCACCCCAACUAA